AUGCCUUACACUACUUCGCCUGUUGGCCUUGACAACUACCGAACUAUCGAGAUAGAUGUUGCAAUAAUUUUCACAAUUCGCCGCCUUAUCCACCUGCAUCAAUCAGCAUCCGCGAACAUUACAAUCACUCGCAGCAGUAGCAGCAGCAGCAUCAUCAUCAUCAUCAAAGCCCGCAGUAGCAGCAGCAGCGUCAGCGUCAGCAUCGGCAUCAUCUGUGGUCUGGCCAUAUCUGCACCGCACCGCGUAUGGCAUUAUCGUGGUACAUGCAUCACUUGCCUGUGGCCUUCUGCCCCCCGCCCUUUCCUGCCGCAUCGCAUCGAAUCGACGUGGCUCGACGGCCUUUUCUCGCCUUCUCCCCUGCCCAAGAGUGACAUACUUUAA